AUGUGUGUUGGAAUAGCAUUAGAAGCAGCCUGCUGUGCUGGUAAAGAAUUCUGUAGUGUAAUAUGCACGUUUUUCAAAUGUUGUUGCAAAAUGACAAUGUCUCAAUAAAUAAGAUUAUCUUAUGUUAUUUUAAACUCGUUAUUAUUCGCAUUUACAAUAAUAGUUCUUCAUUAUAUUCGAGAUUUAUUUAGUUAUUUUGCUCGUUAUUUGCAUUGUCCAGAAGCUUCAGGAGGUCAAAGCUAAUGCUUAGGUUCAAGUUCUGUAUAUAGAAUGAGUUUUGCAUUAGCAAUAUUAUAUUUGGCAGUUUUAAUUGCAGUUUACGCAAGAAACUAAUGUAGUAAAUUAUUUAAUGAAGGACUUUGGUGCAUAAAAAUAAGUGCAGUUUUAGGAAUGUAUAUUUCUUUUAUGUUUGUUUCAGAUUCUUUUUUUAAUGGAUAUAGAGUUUUUGCUUAAGUUUUUGGAGGUUUUUAUUUACUUUUUCAAACGAUAAUUCUUAUUGAUAUUUUUUACCUUUGGGGAUAAAAUUGGAAAGCUAAAUAUGACGAAGUGGAAGCUUAAAAUGCAGAAAAUAACUCUUCAUUUAACCUUUAUGGAAUUCUUUUGAUUGGAAUAACUCUUUCCUUAUAUACAGCCUCGAUUUUAUUAAAUGCUUAUAAUUUUAUUUGGUUUAAAGGAUGCUAAUUUAAUAUUAUCGUUAAUGCUUUAAAUUUACUGCUUGUUAUUAGUAUCACCUUUGUAUAAUUUUUAGGGUUUAAUCCUUCAGGUUCUUUACUUACCAGUUCUGCAAUGUCAUUCUAUAUCACUUUCUUGGCUUUUAGUGGGUAACUUUCAUCUGAAAGUGGAUGUAAUUCAGCAAUUUCAAGUAAUGCCAUUUUUGCAAUCGAACUUUCUGUAGGAGUCGCUUUUUUGUUGGUGACUUUACUCUAUCUUAGUUUUGUUAAAAAAAAUAUAAAUAAUAUUUAAAAUUAAUAAAAUAAAAAGGAAGAUUUGGAAAAAGAAUAAGCAUCAUUAGUAUAAAAUUAAUAAUAACUAAAUCAAUAAUAAGAUGAAUUAGAAAUAUAUAAAAAUACAAAUAAUUAUAUAAUUUUUCAUAUGGUAAUGUUUGUUUCUUCCAUUUAUUGUGCUAUGCUUAUUACUAAUUGGGGAGGCUCGAGUCUAAAUAAUUUCACUAUUUAUCAACCUUCCUAAACUUCUUAUUGGAUUAAAAUUAUUUGUUCUUGGAUUUCUUCUAUUCUUUAUAUUUGGACAUUAAUUGCGCCUCGUGUUUUUCCAAACAGAGAUUUUUCAUGA